AUGGACGAGCAUCAGACCACACCAGUAUCACCCACGCCCACAUAUGUCACCUCAGUUCCAUCAUCCACAAUCACACCAAGCAACCAAGCUUUGCCCGGCUUUCCUCCAUUCGAACAAUCACAGCAACUCUGCAAGGAACUUGAAUAUAUCCAUGGAACAGAUGAACCAUCAUAUCUUCACAGCCACACAAAGGCUCAACGGCUGCCAGACGCCCCCAGCGUCUCUCUUGAUUCCCGUAGCAUGAUUGCAUACAGCCUCCAAGACCUGGACACGCCAGGACUCAACAAGCUCAACCACAAGCUCUGGUGGUGCGGCGCAAACCCCAUUGUCAAGACACUAAGCCACCAGCUCACCUUCGAGCGACGAAUCGUCGUCACUGAAGACCCCUCCCUGCACCUCGUACUAUCCGAAAACCGCAUCAUAUACAUCAAACCACUCCCCGCAUACCUCUGCUCCCACGCCUUCUGGGAGUACCUCCUCGACCCUAGAAAUCACUCCAUUUCUCCAGAAGAAAGAGCUCGCCUCACAUCAACGUCCCUUGGCUUCUUACGCACCUACGCCCAGCUAAUAACGCAUCGCUCUGACCAUACCAUCGCGCUUUGUCACGGCCUACUUCCACAAGGUGAUACCGUGACCUUCGAAUCCCUCGUCGCCUUCACGUCCGCCUUCACUGCGCUUCCGUUUACAGCGGUCUCCCCACGCUGGCGCUACGGCGAACUCCUCCUCGAAGCUUUAAAUUUCCACUCUGGCCUUUUCCUCCACCGCUAUCAUUUCAACCGCUUCGAGUCCAAUUACGGGGUGUACUUCCAGCGCUUCUUCCCCGUCACUUUAUUCCUCUUCGCCUCAUUCAGCGUGAUCUUGAGCGCAAUGCAGGUUAUUCUGACUGGGCGGCAGAUGCGAUUAGGGUCCGAGGGCCCGAGUCAAAGGAUGAAGAAGUUGAUUUCGAUUUUUGAGUGGUUUGGAACGGAGGCCAUUGGGUGGGCACUGGCGCUUGGUUUGAUGUUCUUGGUGUGGUGGAUCGUUAUGGCGACGUUGGAGGGGUGGAAGAUGAGGGGGGUGAAGGAGCAGCAUAAGAAGAUAUGGAAGGGGGAUGAGCGUUCAUCAGCCUAA